AUGGCCGACAUGAGCGACCCAUCCUUCAUACUCCCUCCUACCUCGACGGGCUACCUCCCUUACAGGGGGUACAAAACCUGGUAUGCGAUCUGGGGCACCCUGCCCCCUCCGUCGGCCUACCCGCUUCCUCCCUCCCAACCCCGCCCGCUGCUCGUAGUCCCCGGAGGACCCGGCGCGGGGCACAACUAUCUUUUGCCCCUGUCCGACCUGUCUAAGACACACAACAUCCCGGUGAUAACGUACGACUCUAUCGGAUGUGGGAACUCCACGAUCUUGAGGAACAAGGAUGUCGGGGUGGGGUUCUGGACGCUUGACCUGUACGUCGAGGAGCUCCAGGCGCUGCUGGACCACCUAGGUGUGAAAGAGUGGGACGUGCUGGGGAAUUCCUUCGGUGGUAUGCUGGUCGCUGAGCACGCACUCUCCCACCCUGCAGGGCUGAAGCACAUGGUCGUCGCCUGCUCCCUCGCUACCACAACGGACUGGGGCGUCGCCUCCCAGCUAUGGCGUGACAAGUUACCGGACAACGGUGGUGCGAUUAUGAGGAAACAUGAGUUGGAGGGGACAACGGGGAGCGAGGAGUCUAAGCAUUGGACGGAGGAGUUUAACGCUAGGCAUGAGUGCAGAGUCGUGCCUAUGCCGGAGUAUGUGAGGAGGACGUUUGAGAUUCUGGACGAGAAUCCCGACGCGGGGGAGGUGAUGAUCGGUCCCUCAAACGUCGACAUAACCGGAACGCUCAGCACCUACACCCUCAUCCCCCGCCUGCCGCUCAUCAGCACCCCAACCCUUGUCUACUGGGGGAAGUACGACGUCGGCCAAGAGAUCUGCACCAAGCCAUUUGCAGAGCUCAUACCCGGUGCAGUGGCAUUCAAGUUCCUGCAGGGGAGUCAUAUGCCUCAUGUGGAGCAGCGCGGGGUGCACAUGCGCUUGGUGGGGGAUUGGCUGGUUGGUAAGGGGCUGGCGGGGAGUGAGGAAGGGGUGUUGGAGAGACUGAAGUAG